GGAAUGGCAUCCUUGCUCCUCUCCUCACUGCCAGAUCCCAUGGGCACAGGCACACUGCUGUCUUCUGUCUCUUACAGGGGAGCUGAGCUGCCAUGGGGAACACCACCAGUGAGAGAGUGUCAGGGGAGCGCCACGGCUCCAAGUCCCACCGCUCAGAUGGCUCCGGUGCCCCCCACCCUGCCAAGGAGCACCCGCACAAGAUCAUGGUGGGCAGCACUGACGACCCCAGUGUUUUCAGCUCCCAUGACUCCAAGAUUCCUGGGGAUAAGGAGUUUGUGUCGUGGCAGCCAGAUCUGGAGGAGUCAGUGAAACCGUCCCAACAAGCUCGUCCCACUGUCAUCCGCUGGGCUGAUGGAGGCAAAGAGGUCUUCAUCUCUGGAUCUUUCAACAACUGGAGCACCAAGAUCCCACUCAUCAAGAGCCACAAUGACUUUGUUGCUAUCCUGGACCUCCCGGAAGGAGAACACCAGUACAAAUUUUUUGUGGAUGGCCAGUGGGUCCAUGACCCAUCUGAGCCUGUGGUCACCAGCCAGAUGGGGACGAUUAACAACCUGAUUCACGUCAAGAAGUCUGACUUUGAGGUGUUUGAUGCUUUGAAGGUGGAUUCCCUGGAGAGCUCAGAAACCUCAGGUCGGGACUUAUCAAGCUCACCACCUGGACCUUAUGGCCAAGAAUUGUACGUAUACCGGCCUGAGGAGCGCUUCAAAUCCCCACCUAUCCUCCCGCCUCACCUCCUUCAGGUCAUCCUGAACAAGGACACCAAUAUCUCGUGUGACCCAGCACUGCUGCCCGAACCCAACCAUGUCAUGCUCAAUCACCUCUACGCACUGUCCAUUAAGGAUGGCGUGAUGGUGCUCAGUGCCACGCACCGCUACAAGAAGAAGUACGUCACCACGCUGCUGUACAAGCCCAUCUGA